AUGGCUGAAAUCACGUAUUCAAAUGUUGACAACGAAAUAUCCGACUUUAUUAAUAAGAGUUUUGAUAACACUUUUCGAAAAGGAUACACUAAAGCUAAUGGUGUCAUGUUGCCUGUAUCCUUCAAGAAGUUUGGACAGUGUAUACUAGACAUGGAAAUCAGGGAUGAUGACGUUUGGGUCUGUAGCUUUCCAAAAACAGGAACCACGUGGUGUCAAGAAAUGACGUGGUGCAUUGGAAACAAUGUGGACUUAGAAGGUGCCAAACAAUUGUUGGUAGAAAGAUUUCCAUAUUUAGAGUAA